CUCAAAUUAAUCUCAUAUCCUCUAAAUACGGAAUACCCACACUCUUCGCAUUACCAACCAGCGCAGUCAUGUCCAGGCCAGGUACCACUCUUUAUGUCACCGGCUUUGGGCACGGGACCCGAGCUCGCGACCUUGCCUACGAAUUCGAACGAUAUGGACGUCUCGUUCGUUGCGACAUUCCUGCACCGCGUACGCCUUCCAGCCGUCUGUUUGCAUUUGUAGAGUAUGAGAGUCGUCGUGAUGCGGACGAUGCGUAUCAUGAAAUGCACAACAAGCGCAUUGGCCGUGAUGAUUUGCUGAAAAUCGAGUGGGCGCGAACACCUCCAUCCGCAUCAUGGCGUUUUGACUCUGGUCGUGACCGACGACGUGAUCGUACCCCUCCUCGCCGUGGCCGUUCGCCAUCUCCUCGCCGUGGACGUGGCGAUUACUCUCCUCGUAAGGAUGAUAGGUAUGAAAGGGAUUAUGAUCGACACGAGCGGGACUAUGACCGCCGUGACCGUGAUUAUGACCGCCGUGAUCGUGACUAUGACCGCCGUGAUCGUGAUCGUUCCCGUGAUCGUUCCCGCAGCCCUGAUGACAGGGACCGUGAUGUCAAGGACGACAGGGAGCGUCGCGAAGAUGAACGUGAGAGGCGUGAAGAUGAACGUGAAAACGCGCCUAAUGGUGAAGAUAGAAAGGUUCCCCUGGAUCCUCUCACUUCCGCUCAUGAUGAGCUUGACACUGCCGAGUAGGUCUGAUCGCUGCUGUGCUCAUUUAGCGAGUUCUCGCUCUUUUCCCUCGUAUGCCGGAUACCUGGAAAGAGAUCCUACCGCUUCUAGACAAUAUUUCCUUACGGAAGUGGCCAUAGGCAAGUUGAGGGGGGAAUUUUGAGCGAGGACUGCAGACCGGUAUUUGACAUAGUGCUAUGCCGACCCUUUCUUUCCUUCUCCCCCCCCCCCUCCCCCCCUCUUCCCCCCUUUCCCCCCUUCGAGUUCGUCUUUAUUGCAGUUUGGCUUCGGGAUUUUUCUAGCUCUGGCAGUGUCGGUGUCAGAUUCGCGACCGCUCGUGCUUAGGGCUAUUGUUUGAUAUUGGUAUUUAUCUUUUUCGGCAGCUCGAAUUCGAACCGAACGAACGUCGGGCAUUUUCCUUUUCCCAGCCAGUCAUUGUCGUCCUUCAUCGCGAUGUGUUCCGCCCGUCGUCUCCCUUUAAUCGCAUGUGUAAUAUGAAAACGAUAAAUCAUUCCUUUUCCCGCAUCCAUACGAUCCGUCGAACCCUACGAGGCCUGGCAUGCCUUGGACAUCGAUUGUGGCGUUGGUGCAGUAGUUGUAGUAAAUCCAUAGUACUGGUAGCCCUCUAAUGAUAAUUGAUGAAGGAGCUGUAGACGCGUCUGAUCGACCAUGGAGAAAGAAUUUACUCGAGAAUGAGCCUGUACUGGCUGACCCUGUGACUUGAUUCUUACAAUUGUGCCCACACC